AUGAAUUCAGGAAAUCUAUGGAACUAUCGUGUCGUCUUCUUGUUGACCCUGCCAUCUCUUGGUCUUGUACUGUCUCGUGCAGAAUGCGAUGCUAUGACGGAGUGGAAGAAAAAUGAGAGCGAUUGCCUCAGAGAGAUCCACCAGCACGUGAACGAAACAGCAGGUUGCAAGAGAAUAUGGGACCAACUGCUCUGCUGGCCAGAUACAAAUGCUGGACAAACACUCACCUUUACCUGCCCGGCUAUUCUCCUCCACUUCACAAAGCAGCCAGGCUCGGUGAAAAGAAGGUGUACAGCACAGGGCUGGUCUGACCCAUUUCCACCCUAUUCGACAGCAUGCCCAGUGGAAGAUGAGGUUAUUCUUGAUGAACACUCCUACCUGUCAACCAUCAAAAUCAUCUACACCGUGGGCUACAGCAUUUCAACCACCUCUCUUGCCAUGGCAAUCAUGGUCCUCAUGGCAUUCAGGAGGCUCCGUUGCCCUAGAAACUAUAUCCAUGUCCAUCUCUUUUUCACCUUCAUCCUGAAGACCAUUGCCAUCUUCGUCAAGGACGAGGUUCUUUUCCAUACAGAAGACAUUGAUUAUUGCAGCUUUUCUACGACCGAGUGCAAGAUCUCAGUGGUUUUCUGUCACUUUUUCACAAUGACCAACUUCAUGUGGCUGCUGGUGGAGGCACUCUACAUCAAUUGCCUGCUGCUGUCAUCCUUCCCCCACGGAAGGAGAUAUUACUGGUGGCUUGUGCUGUUUGGAUGGGGUGUGCCAGUGUUUUUUACUGUACUGUGGAUAUUAGUCAAGGUGCAUUUUGAAGAUAUUUUGUGCUGGGAUGCGAACCAAGGUUCUCCUUACUGGUGGCUAAUCAAAGGACCCAUUAUCCUUUCGGUUGGGGUAUGUUUCAUUUUUUUUAUCAACAUCAUCAGAAUCUUGCUGAAAAAACUGGAUCCAAGACAAAUCAAUUUCAACAACUCAUCUCAGUACAGACGUCUCUGUAAGUCAACUCUGCUUCUCAUCCCACUGUUUGGAACACAUUACAUCAUCUUCAACUUUCUUCCUGGAUAUGUCAGUGUGGGAGUCCGUCUCUACUUGGAACUCUGCAUUGGAUCAUUCCAGGGCUUCAUUGUAGCUGUUUUGUACUGUUUCCUAAAUCAAGAGGUACAAGCGGAAAUUUGUCGGAAAUGGCGUGGCAACAGCUAUGGCUUUAUGCCUAUGUGGAGGAAGAGGACAAGAUGGACCAUGCCUUCAGGUUCGGGUGUUAAAAUGACAACCUCUGUGUGUUAGGGAUGACCAAUAAGGUGAAAGACUGAAA